AUGCCGCCGACGCUUCGCGCGCCGCUACCCACCUCAACGCGCGCGCCCGUCGCCUCGACCUCCGCUCGAGCGCGCUCGCGCGCGCGCGUCAACGCGCUCGACGUCGGUGCGUUCGCGUUGAGCGGUGGCAUCGCCGCGUGCGCGAGCCACUCGCUUUCGGUGCCCUUGGAUGUCAUCAAAACCAGACUGCAGUGCGAAAAAUUCGACGACGCCACCGUUCUGGGCGUCGGCGCGGCGAUCGUGCGGCGCGAGGGCGUCGGUGCGCUCACCGCGGGGUGGGAGAGCACGUUCUUCGGGUACGGCGCGCAGGGAGCGCUGAAAUACGGUGGAUUUGAGUUUCUCAAGCGGUGCGCGAGCGCGAGCGCCGGCGGCGACCAGAGCGCGCUGGGAUUGCUCGCGCUCGUCGCGUGCGCCGCGAGCGCCGAAGUCGUUGGAAGCGCCGUGUUGACGCCGUUGGAACAAAUCAGGAUCAAGACGGUGAGCGAUUCGCGGUACGCGGGGGAUUCGUUCGCGGCGGCGGCGAGGCGGUUCGCGAGCGAGCCAAACGGCGGGCUCUCGUCGGUGGCGUCAAAUUUACCCGUCGUGUACGCCAAGAUGCUUCCGUACACCGCGGUGCAGUUGGUAUCGUACGACGUGUUCAAUCGAACGUUGGCGUCGAUGUCGCUCGAUUCGGCGACGACGCGACCGGCGGCGGCGUUGGCCGCGGGCGUCUUGGCGUCGUUGGCGUCGCAACCGGGCGACACGUUACUCUCAGCGACGAACGCCGGUCGGUGCGUCAUCGUCGGCGACGACGAAGACACCACCGCGUCUCCGCGCCCGCGUCGCUCGCCGCUCGACGUCGCGAUCGAGCUCGGGCCGGUCGGUCUGAUGACGGGUUGGCGCGCGAGAAUAGCGCACGUGACUCUCAUCGUCUUCGCCCAGCUCCUCGUCUACGACGCCGUGAAAGACGUCUUAGCCUCGCCGCGAUAG